GACUCGUUUUUUUUUUGGUCGCACAUUCAUAAUCAUCCGAAAAACAAACAUUCAUAAAAAAUUAACUAAAACCGAACAACAAAAGGAAAAACCACAAAUGGACGCUACUGAAGACUAUUGUGCUAUCUGCCUCUGCCGCAAGCAUCGCAUUGUGAGCACUCCAUGCAAGCAUACAUUUUGCAAGCGCUGUCUCAAGAAAGUCUACGAUGUUUGUCCUACCAAGGUCUGUCCACUGUGCCGAGCUCCAUUCGAGUAUUACAUUCGUGAACGUGGCUCUGGUAUUAAAAUCGUAUUCCUGGCAUAGAUCCCUACAUAUCCAAGUAAUCGACGUUGGUCUAUUUUGUUUAGUUACUUAAAUUUUUCUGUUCUUAUAUUUAAAAUGACCAAUCUAUAUAUAUAUUUUUUUUCGAAUUUUGGUUUCACCUUGUUAAAACAAUGUUCAAGUUAAGUUCUUGUAUGUGCGCGAGGCACUCUGAAGCCUUACAAGAUCUGAAUACAGGAACUUGAAACAUAAAAACGAAUAUUUAAUUUUUAAAAAUAUAAAAUUCAAAUUAAUCUAAACAGAUUGCAUUUUACUCUUUGGCUGAACUCACUAAACGAAAUCACUUGACUCAGAUUCAUCAAUGCCGCAGAGCGACGCUUCAAUUCUAUCUAUUCAAGCAGCACAAGCACAAACCAUGUAGGGCGAUGGAUGGAACUCGAUUCAAUUCAAUUCAAUUCGUUGCGAUUUGAUUCGAUUCUGGGUAACAUGCAAUGCCAAAGCGAAGGUAUUGAAUGCUUUGCCAGCGGCAAUACAAAGGGAAAGAAUUGUCGAAUUGCCGUUUUGCCACGCCACAAGCGUAUCGCAUGCUAAGUAUUGAUGAUGACGAGCCUGAUGAUGAUGAUUAUGAUGAUAAGGACACGUUAGACCAGUGAAGGCUAAAGCAUAUGCAAUAAAAAUUGACAAGCAACGGAAUAUUACAGGCUAGCUGGCAUUCCUUUUCAUUGUACUCUAUGGACGCAUUGACAGGGCAAGGGGAUGCAGUGACAAGGAGAAGCAUUGCAAUUACAAUGGAUAUAUAGACACACACACACACAUACACAUGGGAUCCACGGGGAAGGAGCUCAGCGAAGCGACAAGGACUCAAUGCAUACGAACAAAAAGUGACCAUAAAUUGACGCAAGUUAAUUUCAUUUCAUUGCAAUAUUUAUUGAGUUACGCUUCGUGCAGCACCUAUGGAUGACAUACAAUAAAUGGAAAUAUUAAAUGCAUAUAUUCUACACGAAUAUGCCAUGUCGUGCUCAAUUAGCCAACAGAGUUCAAGUCGGGGCUUAUCUCUUGCAGCU